AACUGGCUUUCCGUCCUGUGCGCAUGUUCAUCUUGCUUGGAGCUGCCGGUUUGAACCAUGCCGACUGUUAGCGUGAAGAGGGAGUUGUUAUUUCGGGCUUUGGGUCAAACAUACACUGAUGAGGAGUUUGAUGAACUAUGUUUUGAGUUUGGUCUGGAACUGGAUGAAGUGACAUCUGAAAGGGACAUUAUAAGUAGAGAACAGGGAGAUGGAAAAGCAGAGGGUGCAUCUGAUGUGAUACUGUAUAAAAUCGAUGUUCCUGCCAAUCGCUAUGAUCUUCUAUGCCUGGAAGGAUUGGCCCGUGGAUUGCAGGUCUUCAAGGACAGAAUCGAAGCUCCAAGGUACACAAGAGUAGGGCCACUUAAUGGAGAUAUGCAGAAAUUACUUAUUGCCGAAGAGACUACACAGGUUCGCCCACAUGCUGUAGCAGCUGUCCUUCGUAAUAUUAAGUUUACCAAGGAUCGCUACGACAGUUUCAUUGAGCUGCAAGAGAAACUACAUCAAAAUAUCUGCAGGAAGCGAGCUCUGGUAGCUAUUGGAACCCAUGAUCUGGAUACAGUAUCAGGACCCUUUACUUAUACAGCAAAACCACCCUCUGAAAUUAAGUUCAGACCUUUAAACCAGUCAAAGGAAUACACUGCUUCAGAACUUAUGGACCUCUAUAGGACAGACAGUCACCUUCGCCAUUAUUUACAUAUUAUUGAAGCCAAACCAGUUUACCCUGUUAUCUAUGACAGCAAUGGCAUAGUUCUUUCUAUGCCACCUAUCAUAAAUGGAGAUCACAGUAAAAUAACACUCAACACACGGAAUGUUUUUAUUGAAUGUACAGCAACUGAUCGCACUAAAGCAAAAAUAGUGCUGGAUAUAAUUGUCACAAUGUUUAGUGAGUACUGCGAGAAACCAUUUACAGUUGAGGCAGCUCAGGUGAUUUAUCCAAAUGAAGAAACAUGUAUUUAUCCAGAGAUGGGGUACAGAAGAGAAAUUCUAAGUGCAGACUUUAUUAACAAACGAGUAGGAAUCAAUGAAACAGCUGAGUCUAUUGCUAAGUUGCUGACUCGAAUGUACUUAACGUCCAAAGUGAUGGGGAAUGGGGCACAAAUAGAAAUUGAAAUCCCCCCAACAAGAUCAGAUAUCAUCCAUCCAUGUGAUAUUGUAGAAGAUGCAGCAAUCGCCUAUGGUUACAACAAUAUCAAGAUGACAAUUCCAAAAGCCUAUACUGUAGCUAAUCAGUUCUCGUUGAACAAAUUGUCCGAGCUGCUAAGACAGGACAUGGCAGCUGGCGGAUUCACAGAGGCCUUGACCUUUGCCCUGUGUUCCCAGGAUGAUAUUGCAGACAAGCUGGGCAAGGAGAUAGCAGAAACAAGUGCAGUACAUAUAGCCAAUCCCAAAACAGCAGAAUUUCAGGUAGCUCGUACCACUCUGCUGUCUGGACUGCUGAAGACAAUUGCUGCUAAUAGAAAGAUGCCACUGCCUCUGAAAUUGUUUGAAAUUUCUGAUGUUGUUCUGAAAGACCCUUCUAAAGAUGCAGCAGCUGAAUUUGACUUCUGCUCAGUAUUCCUGCUGUUUGAGUGGGCGCUCAGCAAUUAAUCUACAUAGCUCUAUCACAGUAAAAUUCAUUCUCUCUGAAAUAAUGCAGUGUGAAAAAUACAAGUUUGUUCAGUUCUGAAAUAGCAAUUAGUGUCUAUGCUCACACAUUUAGAAGGCUUCCUCUGUGAGUUACUUGAGGGGUUCAUGCACAAGGAACCACAUACCAGUAAAGAGUCAACUGUUUCCAGAGGGGAGAAAAUUGGCAGGAGAAAGAGGGAAAAAUUAGACUCAGAUUUUUACAAAAAUAUAUAUGUGUAGAACUUUUCUCAUUUUGAGUUGGCAGUCUCCUGACCAAGGUAUUACGUUGUGUACCUAUUGUGUAGAUGGAUAUACUCAAUGCCACCGUUAGUGCUAAACGCUAAAUGUUGCAUGAAUGUAUCCAUCGUCACAAAGAAACAGCUAGAAUGCCUUAAUCAGGAGUACUGAGCAAAAGGCAAAUUCAAAGCAUGCCACUUCAGUCUCAUAUCCUGCAUCUGUCAGAGGUCAAAAAUGGAACGACAGACGUGUGUGGUAGAAAUUCAGUUAGUCGUGCAGCCAAAGAUCUGCUUAAAAUCUUAAACAAACAUCAUUUACCCAUUAUAAGCUGCAGAGAAAUUCUUUCAUGACAUUGUAAUAAUAUUUUUGUUUAAUUACUUGAAACUACAAGGAUAUAACAUAAGUAUUUUAUCUGAUGUGCUGCAUUCUUUUUAUUGACAGUAACUGACCAUUAGCAGAAAUAGUUUAUCUUCAUGAAAGUAGAAUCAUGUUCGACAUGAAGUAUUUUUUCUGAUUAUAAUGUUUUUGAUGGCCUAAUUGUUUCUGUUUGACAAGACAAGUUUUCUCAAUCCAUGGAAAACAACUCUCUAAUGUAAAAACUAAGAAACAUGAAGCAAAAUUCUGCCACUGGUCUUUCAAGUAAUGAUUGCUGUAGAAAGUUCCAGGGAACGUAAAUGUAUAAAAAGAAAAAAGAACGGUCAUGUUCUUAUUUCUCCUGUUCUGUUGAAUCUUUGAUUGCUUUCGUUCCCUUUUAAUGUGUAACUGAAUUUCUAGUUUCUGCACUAUGUAACAAACUAUUAUCAAUAUAUCGCUUGGCAUAAAUAAAUUAUUCUCGAAAUUUG